AUGGAAAGACUUCAGAUAUUGAAUAGGCACUUAAGCCCUAAAGUAACAUUCGAAGACUUUCCCAAUGCUCGCAUUCUUACCUUAAAUAGACCAAAAAGCUUAAAUUCUUUGGAUUAUGAAAUGCUCCAAACAAUCUCGCUAUUAGUUGACCAAACACCAAAUAAGCAUUUUGUAAUUCAAGGGAGCAUUCCUAAGAGUUUUUCAGCAGGCGGAGAUGUUGUGGCUACAAUUGAAAACCCAAGAAUGGUUCCAGAGUUUUAUAGGACUGAGCUUUCUACCAUAUAUCAAAUCUAUAAACAAUCAACUGAAACUCUUGCGAUUUUGCGUGGAUUUGCUAUUGGGGCAGGAAAUGGCGUAGCAAUGGCAUGCAAAUAUCGAAUUAGUACUGAAACAACCCGUUUUUCAAUGCCAGAAAAUUCAAUUGGCCUAGUUCCUGACGUAGGAGCCUCAUACUUUUUAACUCAUCUUCCUAGCAAAGCAUUAGGAUUAUACCUAAUGCUAACUGGAAAAGUCUUAAGUGGCAACGAUUUAUACUGGACAGGUAUCGCUACCCACUACGUUCCAGAAGCAAGCAUCCCAAAUUUUCUCAAUGAUAUUAAGUCCUCCAACAGCCUUCUCGAAGUUUUGAACAAAUAUCACCAGCUGCCUACAAGAGAAGAUUCUAAUCUUAUUAAAAAUUUGCAUGAGAUUGAACAAGUCUUUGGAGAUGUGAACACUCUCGAAGAAGUUUUAAUGAAACUGAGCUCAAAUCCUACGCCAUUCAAAGAGCAAACUUUUGCAGCUAUAUGCAAAUUAUGCCCACUUUCAGUAAAAGUGGCAUUCAAGUCGUUUAAACUUGGGCUUAGUAAGAAUUUUAAAGAAGCUUUGGAGCAUGAUUAUAAUAUAGAAGUGCAGCUCUGCUAUAGGAGAAGUUAUAAUUAUACAACAGCCAUCACGAAAAAAUUUGUAGAGAAAGUAAAGGAAGAAAUCAAAUGGUACCCAGAGCACAUCAACCAAGUCACAGAUGAAAUGGUGGAUACCAUCAUUCGAAACCCUGAAGGUCCGUUUUUGCAUCUCCAAUAA